UCUUAUUUUAUAAAUCCAUUCACGGCAAAGUACAUGAUCUUUGGGGAAACGAUGGAAGGUUUGACCUGUAUAGGAUUUAUAGUCUACAGAUGGGCGAGACAACGUUACUUCCGUACCCCACAGCCUCGUUUUGGUUUAAAUGAAGUGACGUGGGUGAAUAAGGCGAAUAGACAGCUCAAACCAUAGACAUAAUAUGGCUCAAACGGCCGCGUUACCUUCCCGAGAUGCUUUGCGCAACCGUCAAUAAAGCCAUGAUGCUGUUCAUAGACAAUUAUUUGUAUCCGCGGGACCAGUGGACAUCCACCGUUAGUCAAAACCCGCGCGAUACGAAUCACCAGAGGAAGGACUAAACUAUUUUAAGGAAGGGCUAGCAGUGAUCGCAUCAGCCACACGAGAAUCACAGAGGACGGAAGCGCGAUGUCAUUCCGUAUUCGGGAGGGUUCUGUAAUAGAAGAACGCACACAGCCCGGUCAAAGCCAAUUCCCUCGACGAGACCCCUGCGAACCCACACCGGCGACGAAAACUCUGAGCCAACACCGGAAGCCGCGAUGGCAACUGUAUAGCCCUAUACACGGGGUUCUCUUUCCCAGUCGAACAGAUGUGAACCGAGGCAGUUGUAGACACAAUGUCCUGAACAGUAGACAAUAUCGUACGCGCCCUUGAUCUCGUUACUCUUUCUAAAAGAGAACGACAGCAUGGUGACACCGGCGUUAGUUCCUAACCCUACAGGGCAAGUGAUAGACAUGAGUCUCUUCACAUAUGCCGCUGCUCAUAUCCAAUGAGGCCUGAGCGGCAACAGAGUUCUAACCAGCGCGACACAAGCCACUAGAGGAAGGGCUAAGCUAUUCCUAUCAGGAAACGGGAGUGGCACCACAGACUCAGUCGCAAGGGGCUGAGACACAAAAUGUAUUUUAUGGAAAAGUAAAAAUCGCCGCAGCGUAUUACAACCAAGAGACAAUACAUCUGGGGGCUGAACAGUCGGAGACCCAGGUCUCAGCCGAAUCCACGCCUAUCAAACCCAUACCACCAAAUCCCACGUGAGACGCAACACCUGAGGCACUGAGUCAGAAUGAAGAAGGGUGCACUCACUUAUAUAGGAACAGGUGUGCCCUGAUUGGCUGAGCGGUAGUCCUCCAUUACGUAAGCUAUAUUUUCUGCUGAGUCGUCAUUAUGACUUAGGUAGCAAGCUGGUGUUGCUGACUAAGGGUUCCCUAGAUUUUCAGCUAAAUCGUCUUUAUGACGUAUGUAGCUAGCUAUUGCAGCUAACUAACCGUUCCUGUAGGCUUAAUGGUUGGGAAAAUACCAGGUUUAGGAGACAUGUCUCCAAAAAUUUACACUCAAGCUUUUUGGACAGUGUGCAUUUACAAUUUUGAUAUUCGCCACCAAAGAGAAUCAGACUAACCCAAAACAAGAGGGGCCGUAAAAAGGUUUGUCGGGCCAACAGCGUUCCCAGUGAAACCAGCUCUAUGAUCGCAGACCAAUCACUUCCUGUCUCAGGAUUGGUUCCAACAUUGUUUCACCAGAGCAAACCUGUCAAGACCGCCGCUAGGUCCACCCAUUCACGAUUCCAUUAUGACAUUUCAUCCUGGUUUAGCAUCCUGUUGUUGUUCAUUACAGUUCUGCUGACUUUCUUUUUAGUAUUCCAGUAUUCCACUGGUUUCCCUGCCAUGAACCUCAUUUGGGUUGACUCCCAACCUAACCCUCAAUCACACCAGAAUACGCAUGGACCUCCUUUCAUUGAUGCAGCACUCCAAAAGCACAUGGACACUACUGAACAGAUUGUGCAAAGAAUGACAAAGGAAUUUAAGGGCUUGAGGACGGAGAUUGACCACUUGAAGAAAAUGAUGGACAGUUUAACUACUGGGGAACGUCAUAUUCAGGAUCAGCAGGUCUUUCACAGAGAAAGAAUUAUGGCCCUGGAUGAUGUCAGUUCUAGGCUGUGGCAAGAGGUCAGUUCGCUACAGCAGAGUGUGAAGGACAGCAACGGUCCACCAGCAAUCAAAAUGGCUGACUAUGCCCUGGAAUCACAAGGUGGCACCAUAGUAACCAACAGGCGCUCGAAGACACAUGAGACCGGCUCGUACACCUUAAGCAUCAUGGGAAUUCCUCUGUUAAAACGAAUGAACAGCCCUUGGACUGUAAUCGAGGGAAACCCGCCAAAGCCUGGGAGAUGUUGGCCUUUCCAAGGGUCUCAGGGCUAUUUGACUGUCUCCCUGUCCUGCCCUAUUCACAUCACACAUGUCACUGUGGAACACAUCCCUGUUGUGCUCUCCCCAACUGGAAACAUCCACAGUGCCCCUAAGGACUUCAACGUCUACGGCAUGUCUACUGAGGAGGAAGAAGGAACCCUGUUGGGGACUUUCACCUUCAGUCAAGCUGGGGAUGCUGCGCAGACAUUUGAACUGCCUAAGCCUAGCAGUGUGUAUCGGUUUGUGGAACUACAGGUCCUAACCAACUGGGGGAAUAAGGACUACACAUGUCUCUACCGCUUCCAGGUUCAUGGGAAGAUGCCUUCUGACUGACACAAUUCAGUUGUCCAACUCAGGAAUUGGAGCUUAUGACCCUGGACCAAUUCACUUAUAUUAAUGAAUGACAAGUGGUAUAUUUUGUACAACUGCACAUUUUUAAAACAUAAUUAUUAGUAAUUGAAAGGUGACAUGUUGUGGUUUUAUUUUGGGAUAUAGUUUUAAGAAAAAUAAACAAAACUAACAUGCUUGAAAAACAGGCAUUUACCCAAUAAUGCAUUGUUUUGGUUUGUCCCGAUAUUAAGGCUUUGGAUUUAGGCAAGAAUGUGUAUUACUUGUGUGUGUUUUCUUGUUGUUGUUGCUAUUGCUGUGUCAUGUUAAUGCGUUCUUCUGUACAUUUGUAUUCUUUUCACACUGUUGUUCAGUUCAUUAUUUUACAGUCAGUACAAUCUUGUGAAUCCAACCUUGGUUUUCUCCCAUUACAUCGAUUGAACUUUGUUUA